AUUUCAAAACACUCCUCAAUUACAGAUAAUAAAGCUUAAUGAUAAUAAGAUUUAUUAUAUUCAUCCAAGUGCUUUCUCCUGGCUUACAAAUCUCAGAAAGCUUAUUUUAUUCAACAAUAUUUGCUACACUGGAAGUGCCUUCAAUCUUGAAGAUGCUUUAGCUCUAUUCAGGAUUAGUUUAUGUUCCAACGAUUUACUUCAUUCUUGUGGUGCCUUCUCUCAAGCACUGGCUAUGGCUGGUGGAAAUACAUUUGCAAAUCAUUUUGGAAUGUUCAAUACAGAUCCACAAAAGCAACUAGAUGACAUGAUGACAAAACUCCAAAAUGAUAGCAAAAUGUUUUUUGACAGUUUUAAAAACUCAAAUUCAAUUACAAUUGUGAACGAAACCAACAACACAGGAUCAAUAGGAGACCAUAAAGUGUUAGAAGCUAUUCGACAGUUGAAUCUUACUUUUCAUAAUAAGUGUAAAAGCAUCAAUAAGAAGCUGGAAGCAGAAGUUCACGAAUCGAAAAGCAACAUCAGUCAACAACAGAUCGAAAACAUCUUAAAGUCAUUUAAUGAUUCAAACAAUGAGUUAUUACUGAAAUUUCACAUCAUCUACAUGUCACUGCUUGCAUGCAUCAUCCUUCUACUCAUCACAAUUGUAGUCAUCAUGUGCUGCAAAAAAUCCUCAAAUUUAUCAAAAACUGAUGUGAAAAUCGAUGACGAAUACAAAAUUCCUUAUAAUUAUGAAAGUCAACAAAAAGCACCAGAAAAUCAUUAUCAAAUGACUAAUAUCGUUGGUCAGGAAGUCAGAAAUAGAGAAAAUCAGCAAUACAGUUGUCAAGAUCAGCAAGAAUAUGAAGAAAUUCCAGAAAAUGCGUACAAUAAGAGUCAAAUUUCUAACAAAAGAACUGGAAAUAAUAAUGAUGAUGAUUUUUAUGAGGAACAACCAAGCUUUAGAGAUGCUUAUUCACAUGCUAAAGGAAAAAAGGAUUAUGCUUGCACCAGUUACAUUGAUCAACUUUACGUUUUAACUUCAAAAGCAUUCAAAGAAAAUCAGCAAAAUGGAGAAACUAAAACUAAUUGCUUAGAGCAAAGCUGCGACUUGAAAGCAAUUACAACUCAAAUAGAAAAGGUUUCAACAACAUUAAUUACUUUGGAAGAUCGUUUAUCUUGCGGGAGAGGUGCAUCCAUCAAGAGUUGCUUUGAUGAUUCCAUAAAGACAUCAGAAGAAGUUCUCACAAAAGCUCUAGAUAGUAUAAAAUCUAAUGUUGUUGAUGUCAUUAAACAAGAAAUCAGUAACAUCAAGGGAACCUGUAAGGAAUGUGAGACACAAGCUACAAACAAUCAAGAUAAGCUGUCUAAAGGGCAAUCAACAAACUCUCAAAAAUCAAAGGAAUCAAGUUUGAACAACACAUUUGAAGCUUAUGACAAAUACAUUACAAUUUUAUGCUUAGUCAUCUUAAUAUUGAUGAAUGCGAUAGCUUUAUGUUGUAAUUGCUGCAAAGUCAAUCUUCUUGAGACUUCAAAGGACCUUAACAAAAGUCAAUCAGAUCAUCAAAAUAUGCAAAACAACACAAAAUUGAGAAUUGAGGAACAAAAUGAAGCAUCAAAUUACUCACAAAGACAGGAAAAUCACUAUGAAGUUGAAGGAAACUAUAAUGAAGUCAACAUGAUUGCUGAUGCUGCGGAUGUUGCUGAAGACUUAUACUCAGAAGUUAAAAUUGAGUUGCAGAAUAAUGAUGAAUAUGAAGGAGAUGAGCAGUUGUAUUCUACAGUCAUGAACUUACGAUUGAAUCUUGUUAAAGGUCUCACAGAAAAACUCAAUGCUGCUCAUACAGCACAGUCAGAGGAAUUGGAAGGAUUUCUGCAUAAGCUUAUGAACUUAAAGAAUCAAGAGAAUGCAAUUGUGAUGCGUAAGGAUGUGAUUUAUAUAAUUGGGGCAUGCAUCAUAGCUUUAUUCACGAUCAAUGUUUCAUUAUUAUGCUGCAUCAUCUUUUACAUUAAAUCAUCAAAAACUACGCCUCAAAAUAAUCCAACCUUUAAAAUUAUAAAUGACAAUUAUGAAGAACUUUACAGCAUGCCAAAACAAUCACAAUCAGAUGAAGCCAUGAAUGAGGAUCUUUAUAAAAUACCUGACAAUUACGAGGAGGUUUUAAAUGCAAAUGUUAAUGAUCAGCAUGAGGAAGGUUUAUAUUCGGAAGUUGUUGCUCCUUUGGAAAAUUUCCUGCAAAAGACAGAAGAAGACGAUAAUAAUUCUCAACUUUAUGCUGUGGUUUUGAACAAUUAA